CUCCACAUAUCGAAGAAAUUCUCUUUUUCAAUCAUUAAGUUUUACAUUUCUUAUUAGUGGGAAUGAAAUAGAUGUUGUCGUGCUCCACAGGACUUAAUUUGCAACUAUCGUGUAAUUGGCAACAAAUAUAUCAAGGAUCAUUAAUGCUAGCAUUCAGAGUAAAGUCCAGUCCAACAGUCCAGCGUAAAGAAUACCGUCAACAAACUGUUUGUUUGUUUAAACAGGAUGACAUAAGAAAGCUUUUUUGCUUUUUUGGCAUCGUCAUAUAUUGGGUAGUCAAAGUACCUUAAUAAGAAUCACGGCGCUAAUCACUAUGAGUAAAGGCUCUGUAAGUAUGAAAAAUAAAACAGCUGUGAGGCGAGGAUGGCUCAGUUGUUAGAGGCGCUGACUACGGACUCAAAUACCAGGACACUGUUCAAUAAACAUAAGCUUCUCAGUGUCCUAAAAACUACCUUCGGAUGCUAGGUAGAAACAAAUACAAAUACAAUACACAGCUAUAUGACAAAUUUUGUUUAUUGUUGAAGAAGAAACAAAAUGAAUUUUAUUCAUCAAUUUUAUAGAGAAAAUAGUAAACAUUCAAAAAUCGUUUUUCUCAUCUUACAGCAAAUUGAACACAAAUUACUAAAUUAAGUUUUCUAUUUCGUGUCAUUCUUCUGAUCUGUUCCAAUGUACCCACAAUCCAAUAUAAGCUUAAUGAAUUAUACAUUUUACAAAUCAUUAAUUUCCUUAUAGUUUUCUUCUAUUGUUCCAAAAACAUUUCUCCUUGGGUGCUAAUGCAUUAACAUACUUCUUGGACAUUGUUCCUGCCCAAACCCUAACCUCAUGUCUGAUUUGGUUUUUGUAACUACUUGCUAAGAAGUAUGUUGGUGCAUUAGCCAUUUCUCUAGGACUUAUUUAUCCUUCUUUGUUACUCAUAUAUUAGCAUGAAUAAUAUAUAUGUGCUAUAAAUUAUCCUUUAUAUUUAUCACUUCUGCUUAAUUAUUUGAAAUUCUCUAUAAUUUUGACCUCUGUAAACAAGGGCAAAAUACAUCCUAUCCCGAAAGGUUGUGGUCCCCUUUAGACUUGGAUGUCUUUCAGUGGAAAUCCAUCCACGUUCUUAAGUUUCAAAUCGGCAGUUUUUAAAAGCACCAGUCAUUUGUGUCUCUUUCCUUCCUAUCUUUCCAGGAGUACAGCUGCCAGGGCCCCCUAAAAGUCCUAGCCUUCCCAUGAGUUUAUCUUUCUGCUUUGGCUUUUCUUGUGUUACUAUGGCCCUUGAUUAUUUCCAAUGAAUACAUACUAUUGGGCUGAUUUCAUUGUGCAAUGUUCUCUUGCAGCCUGUUCAUUUUGCUGCCUGGACUUAUUUUCAGCUAAUCAAGGACUCAUGUUUUGUUGAAUUUAAACUCUCUUUUGAGAUCAAACCAGGUGCAAGAUCUUUCUGAUUUCAAAUUGAGAUCUGCUCAUGUCGUAGAUCCUUGUUGGUGAUUUUUUCUGAAAGUAUGGGAAAACUAGUUGGUCUUUUUCACUCUCUUAAACCCUAUUCUACAGACAUUAUGUUAAAGAAUAUAAUUGUAAAGGAGCCAGAAAAUUCUUAGAGAGAUAACUACAUUGUCAGCUCAAAUGUAAGCUGUUUAAUAUUUAUGAUCCACUCUUGUGUCAGAAACUACAUAUUUAUUUAAUUGAUCUACCACAAAGCAUAAUUUAAUUGUUUGUUGAAAUGAAAAUUUCACCACAAACUGUGGAUAGCAGCAUAAAAAAGGGCUUCUUUUCAAUUUUCAGGUAAGAUUUGCAAAUAAACUCUCAUAAAGGCAGAUGUUUUACUUAUCAGGUUUGUUUACUUAGAUACAGAAGAUUGUCAAUGGUUUUGAAAAGAAUACGAAGCUAGAUGUUCUACCAGCAAGUCUAGCAAAAAGUUUCUAAAAUCAUCAUAUUUUGCAUGAGUGUGAAAGAGAAAUGGAGGACAGGGAAAAGCUUUUUAGUACUAGUUGUUUAGCGUUCAAACCUACAAUCAGCAAAAACCUAUGGAUGGCCAACUCAAAACGCAGAAUGUUUAGGGGUGAUAUAAAUUCAUCGUGUCAACAGGAUACUGCAAACCAGGGAAUUUCAUAUGAUGCCUAUAUGAGCACAAAUUAAGCUACUAGUGCUAAAUAGUUCUCAGCUUUUUACCCUCUAAUGCCUUUACGAGCUAGCCUACUUUUUAAUUCUUUACUUGUCAAAGCAUUUAGUAAGAAACGUUAUUUAAGAACUCGCAUGAGGCUGCAAAUGUUUGGGGUGGCAAAGGAGGCUCGAUUUAGUUGACGCUGUUUCAAAUAGCGACUGUUUACCAGUAUGCAUUGCGAGCUUUCAGGAAGAAGUGUGCCACGGCAAGCUUAUUUGAUACAUGUCUAAAUAAAGUCCGUUUUAAACCUAAGGAAUCUCAACGCCAGUAUUGUAAUGGGGGAGGCAAGAGGGGGCGGACGCAAGGUUGACACAACGUGAUUUCGAAAAGGAGCAGACACAUUUGAAACAUUUGUUACUUUCAUCACAAUGCAAUCGUCUGGGACUCCAUGCCCGAAAGCUACAAUUUCUAUCGCAUACAGUAGAUGCAUGUUUCGAAUUACCUCACGGGCAAUCGUUAUAGAAACUAUUUUCUAUAUAUCUUUGAUGAAAUGAAAAUCUCUUUUUGUUUUUUAAAGUUUUUAUGCUGUAGCCCCCGUCUUGCACAAAGCAGGUCAUGAUUUUGUGUGAAUUUUGCCGCAAUAGCACGGGUCUUUGUUUUUUGUUUAUUCGGACUUUGAAGAGCAAAUAUCUCAGACAAGCAAGGAAAUUUUCUUACUUUGGCAAGCAUAUUUGGAAUGGAGGUAUUACAGGAAAUUACAAAUGAAAGCUUGGAUGCGACGUCCGAGUCCUCAUUUCAGGAAACUUGGGCCAGCUAUCCCGGAGCGCUCAGAAACAGAAAGUUUUAUUUGGAUCAACAGAGACGUGAAGACGCAUUUGACCUGUCUGGACCUCAGCAUCCAGAACGCGAUCACCCAGCUGUUAGGCCGGGUUCCUCUUUGGCAUACGACGGUCUUCACGAUCGCAGUCUAAAGCAUUACUACCGACAGAAGAAUGUAAAACAACAGUUGCAGAAGAUGAAAACAGUGGGUGGAGCUGGCGGUAGAGAGAAGCAAGUGAAAAAGACUAUUGAACGAACGAUGCAAAACUACAACUACAAGUUAACGCCGAACACAAUAUCUCCAUAUGCAAUGCCGCUGAUACAUCCAAAAGAUACCUCGCGAGAAGACACUGAAGUGAGACAAAGGAAAGGUUCAAAAAAGAAGAAGCAUCCCCGUAUGGUUGUAGGAAAAUCUCCCAAAGUCAGUCGACGUGCACCCGAUGAAUUAGUAUCUCUUCAUGAAAAGGAGAGGCUGGUAAACAUGGCAACAAAGCUCAUUGUUGCAACUGAAACCAUAGCACUUCCACAAAAUGUUAAAAGAACCAGAGGAAACCAGACCGAUACACGGGAAAGGCUCCCACUUGUCUCUGCCGGUGGUAUUGAAAGGCGAACUAGCUCAGCUUCUGAUCCAGGCCCAAGAGCUACCCCGCAACCUCCUAGAUAUAAGGGUUCGGGAAGACACCCUGUUGCGAGAAAGUGGAACGAUUCAAGUUCUGGUGAACUUUCAUUGGACAGUACAAUGGACAGCGUUCGAAGCCAGAUGCAGCAUCUGAAACUCGAGACCAGAGGUAAUGGCUACUUGGUAUCGCAGAACAAUCAGUCCCCUCCAGCCUCACCAGAUGAAAACAGUUUUUCUUCUAAGUCGAAACCGCGACCAAAAAGUGCUGGAGAUCAGCUCAGUCCAAAUCAAACUGACUCUGAUUUGGACGAUUUCUAUAAUCAAACACCACCGAAUGUGUCGCCUAUGACGUCAUCUCGACCAGCGUGGAAAGACACGGAUGCCGCCCAUUCAGUUGACAAUGCAACACAAACAGUGGAAUCUAAAGGUACCCAAACUUUGGAUGACCCACAGUCACCUGUGCAACAUGCUCCACUCAGACAAGUAUCCACUGGAGCCUCUUCGCGGUUCACCUCGUUUGACCACUCGUUAGAGAGUAGUGGAGCACAGAUGGAGGAAGCAGUCCAAACGACACCACCAGAAAUUAGAUCACAGGUUUUGCCUUAUGAAAUUUUCGUGGUCACCGGCGAUAAACUUGGAGCGGGCACUUCAAGUGACGUGAAAAUCAACUUAUUUGGUCAAUAUGGUGAUUCGGGGGAAAGACCUCUCAUACGCUCCAAGUCUAACAAAAAUCCAUUUGAAAGGAAACAGGUUGAUCUGUUUAUCAUCGACUCAAUAUUCCUUGGAGAACUGAGAAGCAUACGUAUAGGACACAACGGAACAGCCCUCGGAACUGGAUGGUUUUUGGAUCGAGUAGUUGUAAGAGAAGGAGAGGACGCUAAAAGAGCUUUUGAAUUCAAAUGCGGAAGGUGGCUGUCGGCCAGAGAUGAUGAUGGACAAAUUGUGCGGGACCUGCCACUGUCGAGCACCUUACAAGGAAACGAAGUUCCAAAUAUAAGCACCUCUAAGCGAACAUACUUCAAUUAUCGGCCUGAUUCAGCAAGCUCAAAAGAGGGAGAGAAGAAGCAGUUCAGACCGCUAUCGGCUUCUAAGAGUUCAAAUGCAGUGCCUAUCAAGGCUGUACCGUCUGAUGACAAGAAAAAGGAAGACCGUACGAAACCGAAUCGACAGUUUUUCUCAGCAGAUUCUACCGAUAGUUCGCCAUCUGAAGACGAAAUAUCGACUAAAUCGAGCGAUAAGACAAAAAAACAAACGAAGGAAAUAGACUCUAAAGAGCAGAAGGGGUAUGCAGAAGUCGGGGACAAGAAGGGUCGGCAAAUAGAGAAAGGAAAUCCGGACGAGAUUGAGUUAAAGGAAUCACUUACCCACGAGCAAAUGAAUGGGGAGACAAAUGAGACCAAACCAAAACGUCGAACUAAGAAGAAGAAAGAAAGGAAAAGAUCUCAGGAGAAACUUGAAAGAAGUCGAGAAGAACAAGGGGACCAAAGUGAUUUAGUAAAUUAUGAUGCAAGUGAUAAAAAGGAUUUUCCCGCUGAAAAUGAUACUCGAGACCAGGAAAAUGAGAAUACUGAACCUGAUUUUGAAGCGGUGUCUGCAUCAAAGGGUGAGCCUCAAACGGAGGGCGAGAAUAUGAAAGGAGAAGCCAAAGAGAAAAGAGGGAUGGCAGAGGAAGAAGAGAUAACCCCAACAGAACAAGAUUCUAUGCAGGCAGAGAAUGUUGCAAAGGAAGAAGCCGAUGAUUCUGAUGACAGGAGCAGUAGCAGCUCAAGUGGUAGCGAACUGUUUAGUGUUUCUUCUGAUAGUACGAGUAGCAGUGACUCUGAGGAGGAGGACAAAGAUGAAGAAAGGAAAGUGUCAAAGAACGACUCAGAUGAAGAAGAGGAAGUAGAAAGAAUUCCAAAGGAUACAACCAAGAAAGAGGAUUCUGAUAGUGAAACACGCAAAACGUCGGCUCAAGAUGAUUACAUGGCUGGCUUUAUGGCUGCAGUCAAAGCUCAGCAGGAAGACAAGCAUAAAGAAGAACCGAAGGAGUCGCUUUUCACUAAAGGCCCAAAUAUCCAUCAAGCAGCUGAAAACGGGGACUUCGAGCGAAUGAAGGAGCUUAUAGCCGAGGUACCUGACGUAAAGAGCAAGCCAGACGAGCGAGGAUGGACUCCCCUUCAUAUUGUCUCUGCUUUUGGAUAUCUUGAUAUUUUGAAAUGGUUGUCUGUAAAUGGAGUCAAUCUCUCAGAAGAAACACCAACAGGGUUCUCUGCGAUUCAUUUGGCAGCAAUGAACGGACAUGUGAAAUGCCUCAUGGUAUUAGCUGCUAUGGGCUGUUCUCUGAGUUGCCGAACAGUUGAUGAAAGUACCCCUCUACACCUCGCUGCAAUGAGUGGACACGUUGAAUGCGUGAAAUGGCUUUUAGCAAACAGAGCAAACCCAGAUGUACAUGAUGCUAAUGGAAGAACACCACUAGACUUAGCAACAGAAUAUCAGCAUGAAGGCUGUGCCGAGCUUCUUGAUUUGAUGGCCACAGAAAUGAAACGGAAGGACAGUAUUAUUUCAAAAUUAAGGCAUCCAAUCAUGCAGGAUCACAAUGAGCAGAUGAGUGGAUCGUCAAAAGGAACAGACAGUGGUGUAGGGGGUGUUGAAAGUGGAGAGGAUGCCUGGGUCAGUGAUGCCGAGGAUGAAGUAAUCGGUAGAGGCGAAAGAGUACAGUCGGCGAAAUCAAGGAGCGAUUCAGCAAAGUUCAGACGGAAAUCUAAGCAAGAAGAGCGAGCAAUGGAGGAGAAAGAGGAAAAACGGAAAUUGUAUGACAAACAAAGAGAGAAAAUGCAACGACGUGAGUCGAGCUUUCUUGACAGUAUUCGGCAAGACAUAGAUUUAGAUGACAAUGAUGACGAUUUCUAAAUAAUAGUAAACUUUUGUAGAUCAAUUGGGUUUUCUUUAAUCGCAUGGUAGUUUAUGUUCACAUGUAAAUGAUCACAGCCGUUGCAACCGUAAUGAGCGUAAAUUUUUUGGUACUGCGGCUGCAAAUGAUCAAUCUGCCAUAAACUUGCAAUGAAAAUAAUACUUCGCCUAUAAAUGAUGUAAUUCUAAUAAAAAUUUUAUGAAACCCGCUUUGAGCAAAUAAAAUUUUCAUUAAACCGCUCAAAGAUCCUGCAGGAGGCUUAAAUUGUUUUUAAUACACUUCAAUCCAAAUAUAGCAUGCAUUGCUUUGUUCCACCAAAAUGCAGAAUUUCCCAGAAAGAGGAGCCAACAUGCUAUGGCGAGGGGCUUUAACCCCCUAAGACCUUCUCCUGACACCUGGCUUUUCGAUCUUAUUCUCUUGCUUUUAAAUUUUAAAUUUGUAAACAUAACCUGUGUAUUCUUAAAUACAUUUUCCACCUGUAAUUAGAUUGAACACAAAAGUAUACUUUGUUCUUUGUGUUAGAAAACAUUUAUAAAUAAUGUUAAAUUUUCCCAGCGUUAUCUUCGGAAUCUAUCAAGGCUUCUUUGGUUAUAGCUGUAAAACCUCAUAUUUACUACGCAAGCCGAAACAAAUGUCUCACAAGAUAAUUCUUUCUUUGAACUUAUUAACAUUAUAUGUUGACGCUUCUCUGGUUUAAGUUAUGCUUGAUCUCUAUACUCACAUGUAUUUUUAGCUUUCCACGACUCAGAUCGAGAUAUUGUAAGGAAAAUGAUAUACCAUCAGUACCCUGGCACUUCUAAAGGAUUUCAAAGUUGGAAGGAAAUAGGUUGUGAAGGAAAGGGCAAUAAGGUAGAAAAGGGGCAUUUUCUCAAAAGUCUUGGGCAUCUGCCCCUGGUGCCCUGCUCGCUCUGACCCCCCUUCUAGUAUCCCAAUGUAAAUGCACUCUUUUUGUCAGCUGGGAUUGGUUUCAGACGCCAGCGAACCUAUUGUCUAGGAUCUACGUCGUCCUAAAUAGGAUAGGGAAGGUGAAGAUUUAUGCUUUCUCUACUUUGACUUUCGUUUGUUAUUAGCAUUUAGCCUAUUUUCAAGUCAUGUUUGAAGAUUAUGACAGCAUAGAAUUAUCUAUUUGACCCUGGGAUUGAGAAUUAUCUAAAAAUAGUUUAUAUUUUUACACGGAGGGGGGGGGAGUUACUUGUCAUCUUGUUAAAAUUUGAUUAAUCAAACGGUUCGUCAAGUGAAAUUGCUUUUGCUAUAGGUCUUAGACAUGGUACGUAAAUGGCUAUUUCGAAAAAAAGAAUUAUUCUUGGCUAUAGUAACGUUAUACCUUUCAUAAAUAGAACCAUGUCUAUUUUUUAUGCAAUAGAAUCAUAAAACGUUUUUUAAAAAUGUUCUAAUUACUUCGUCAAUUGCCCCCAUUGUUAAGUACAAAGGGUAACUCCAAACGGUGAAAAUGGCAAUUUAUGGCAAUUUAUCUCAAGAUUGGAAACUUUUUUCCGUGUGAAAGAGGAAAGGAAAAACCACCCAUAAAGUUGGUUUUGCUUCCUCUCCACUAGCCUUGAUACCAGAGCCGCAGAGAAAGAGACGGUCAACCAGUGGUCGCACUACCCAUUCUUAGGGCCUGUUUAUGUGGGGAUUGCCGCUACUAGUCGAAUAGUAUUCCGUGUUGAAUAUACAAAGAACUGUACACUAUAAGACGAUUAUUCACAAUUUGCUUGUAUUUUAUUUUUGACUUUUGCUAACAACGUUAAUCAAUCUAUUUAUGUAUUUAUUCCAGUUUUGAUUGUAAUUAAGCCGUUUUUCGCUUCGCUUUCAAAUCAGUCAUACAAUUUGUCACACUCAUUUCAAUUUCUUUGGUAAGAAUAGUCAAAUAGACUUUGGUGAGAUAUAGAACUUUUA